AGACAAUGAAGCAUUAAAAAAAAAGAGGGCGGCAAUAAAAGGACAAAGGCGAGGCUGUGAGGACGCCAUAAACGCUCGCUGGUGUUCAGGUUUGAUCACACGCUCGCCUUCGCACCGCCGGGAACGUCUCAGGUCUUCAGGAAGACGACAAUGAAGUCCUGCUGUCUGCUCGUGUUGCUCAUCUGUGGCGCUCAAGCGCAAAGUGUCGCCAUCGAGGCCACGCCAGGUGCGGACGUGCACGGAACCAUCCACACCGAGCCGGACCAGACCGUGUCCCUGCUGUGUCGCGCCCUGGAGGAGGGGGCGGAGCUUGUGUGGCGCAGGAACGGCGCCGUGGUCCGCCUGACGCCGGAGAACCAGCGGGGCAACAGCAGCGUGUGCGUCACGCCCGUCUUGCACCAGGACAACGGCGCCACCUUCAGCUGCCACCUGGGGGAGAACACCACCGUCCAGGACGCCGUCACUUUAAAUGUCACAUUUCCUCCCGUGCUGUCGGGAUCAGAGGAGAUGUCCGUGGAGGAAAAGUCGCCUCUCGUCCUAAACUGCGAUACCUUGGCCAACCCGCCCGUAUCGUCCCCGCUGUGGACCCUCAACGGCAGCGCAGUGGACCUCCUGGCGGGCGGCUUCUCGGUGACCAACGACGGCUCGAGCAGCCGCCUGAGCUGCGGCGCCGUGGACAGAGUCCUGCAUGAAGGCCAGUACCAGUGCACGGUGGACUCUCCUCUCCACGGAACCAGGACCAGGGUCUUCCGGGUCACGGUCACAGACAAGACCACCAAGUUCCCUCUGAUGCCCAUCAUUGCAGGUGUGGUGGUGGUCUUCCUCACGGGGGUCUUUGCCAUCUUCUCUCGCUGGGACAGAAUCACAAAGUGCUGCAAAUGAACAAUCGCCAUGAAGAUUCCUGCAGGAGCAACAGACUGUGAUUAUUACUCCCCUUUAUUAGAGUGUUUAAUUUUAUACCCCAAUUAUUUAUACAAACUUACUAACAGGAAGUAAAUGUUGACAUGUCGCAUUUUACCAAUAAAGUCCUCCUUGUAAAAA